UCAGGGUAUCUGUACCAUGACUACUGCCUUCCUCCAUUUCUUCUUUCUGGCAUCAUUUUGCUGGGCUGGGUUUUGACAGAAGCCUGGCAGUCAUAUAUGGCAGUGACUGGGAAAAUUAGAACAAGGGUUAUAAGAAAACGUUUUUUGUGCCUUGGCUGGGGCUUGCCAGCAUUAGUUGUGGCCAUAUCAAUGGGCUUUACCAAAGCAAAGGGAUAUGGAACUCCACACUAUUGCUGGCUGUCACUUGAAGGUGGACUGCUGUAUGCCUUUGUUGGUCCUGCUGCUGCUGUUGUUUUGGUCAACAUGGUAAUUGGAAUUUUAGUCUUUAAUAAACUUGUUUCCAGAGAUGGUAUCCUAGAUAAAAAGCUCAAACACAGAGCAGGUCAGAUGAGUGAGCCUCAUAGCGGUUUGACGCUCAAAUGUGCCAAGUGUGGAGUAGUUUCAACAACAGCUUUGUCAGCCACCACCGCCAGUAAUGCCAUGGCAUCCCUUUGGAGUUCCUGUGUUGUGCUACCUCUCCUGGCUUUGACAUGGAUGUCUGCUGUUCUAGCAAUGACAGAUAAGAGAUCGAUACUGUUUCAGAUACUGUUCGCAGUAUUUGAUUCAUUGCAAGGAUUUGUCAUUGUGAUGGUCCACUGCAUUUUACGGAGAGAGGUCCAGGAUGCUUUCAGAUGUCGGCUUAGAAACUGUCAGGAUCCAAUAAAUGCAGACUCCUCAAGUUCCUUUCCAAAUGGACAUGCUCAAAUUAUGACAGACUUUGAAAAAGAUGUGGACAUUGCUUGCCGGUCAGUUUUACACAAGGACAUUGGCCCCUGCAGAGCUGCUACAAUAACGGGAACUCUCUCCAGGAUUUCUCUAAAUGACGAAGAGGAGGAAAAGACAGUGAACACAGAAGGAAUGAGCUACUCUACCUUGCCUGGAAACAUCAUUUCUAAAGUUAUUAUUCAGCAACCAUCUGCUUUGCACAUGCCCAUGAGUAUGGGCGAGAUGGCUGAUCAGUGUCUGAAAAAAGAGAAUAGCGAAUUAAGACGAACUGUGUACUUAUGCACAGAUGACAACCUCAGAAUGGGAGACACAGAUAUGGUCCUACCCCAGGAGCGAAUGAUAGAGAGUGACUAUAUUGUAAUGCCAAGAGGCUCUGGGAACAUGCAAACUCAAAUGAAAGAUGAAAAUAAAAUGAACAUAGCUAUGGAUACUUUGCCUCAUGAGAGACUAUUACACUACAAAGUCAAUCCAGAAUUUAGCAUGAAUCCAGCAGUAAUGGAACAAUUUGGUUUAAAUUUAGAUCCGCAUCUUGUGUCUCAAGAACACAUGCAGAGCCUUCCUUUUGAACCUCGCACAGCAGUAAAGAACUUCAUAGCCUCAGAGCUGGAUGACAGUGCAGGAUUAUCAAGGAGUGAAACAGGUUCAACAAUAUCUAUGAGCUCCCUAGAGAGAAGAAAAUCACGGUAUUCUGACCUUGACUUUGAAAAGGUCAUGCAUACCAGAAAGAGGCACAUGGAAUUAUUUCAGGAAUUAAAUCAGAAAUUUCAAACUCUGGAAAGAUUCCGGGAUAUACCAAAUACUGGAUGCACGGAAAACCCAGCAGUAAACAAGAACCCAUGGGACAGUUUCAAAAACCCAAAUGAAUAUCAACAUUAUUACAACAAUCAAUGUAUUAGAUUCAGAAGCAAAAGAUUCUUUAGAACUUAGACCUUCAGAAUGGGAAAAAUGUCUAAAUUUGCCUUUAGAUGUACAGGAAGGUGACUUUCAAACUGAGGUUUAA